UUCCAUCACACAAGUCCCCCCAAACGUCAUUUUUCAAUAAAAAAAGAAAAAGAAAAGAAAGAUGAGGUUACCGAAAACGCACUUCCUCAUUUCGCUUCUUUCUUACCUAUUUUAUUUGUUUUAACAGCAUUAUUUAUUUUCCCGCCCAAAAGCCUCUUGGCGCCUCGAUCUUCCGGAAAGAAAGGAGUGAAAAGGGAUCGAUCCGAUGCCAACAUCGGCGAAGUGGUGGAUAGAUGGAGACGAGAGUGCAGCUGAGAUGCUGGCUAGGGUUUCAGCAGAGCGUUCAGUCUCGCUUCUUCCACCGCCACUUCACCGUCUUCCUCUACGCGUUGGCAACGUGGUUGAGCUCGUCGGGCCCUCUCCUUCUGCCAAAACCCUAAUCUUGAUUCAGGCUGCAAUCAAUACCAUCCUUCCCAGUGAGUGGAAUGGGGUCCACUAUGGAGGCCUAGAGCGUUCAGUGAUGUUCAUUGACCUCGAUUGUCGUUUCGAUAUUCUAUGCCUUUCGGAAAUGUUAAAGCACCGAAUUAUGAACUUGAAUGGAUCAAUGAAUAAGAUGAAUCAGGACCAAGAGGACAUUGGCAUGCAGAACUUUGAUACAAGAAGAAAAUCAAAUAUUGCGUAUGAUGAAGAAUUAUAUACUCUGUGCAUGAGGCGGUUCUUGUAUGUUCGUUGUUAUGAUAGCUUUGAGUUUCUUUCCACUCUCAAGACAAUGCAUUGUCACCUUCAGAAGGAGAAGGAAGUAAAACAUUCUAGCAUCCAUUUGCUCAUGAUUGACAGCAUUGGAGCUUUUUAUUGGGUAGAUCGUGCCACAUCUUUCUUGCCAUCAGGCAGUACUAACAGGAAAAGCCUCUCUCUUCAGAGUGUGUUUGAAACUGUGGUUCAAGAGAUAAGAAAACUUGUACAGGUGCAUCCGAUGCUUGUUAUAGCUACAAAAACUACCACUUUUGGAGACAGAAAUUUUGCCAAUGAGGCUCAUCGAAAGUAUUUGCCAGAUACCUUAGAUUUCAGAAACGCUGCAACUAAUACUCGACAGCUUCCAUAUCAGGAGAAUAUGCCUUCUGUCUGGCAGUCAUUUGUCACGCACAGGGUACAUGUACGACCUUCAGAUCAUGUAACUAUAGUGGAUCGUCAAAAUCACUCACUUUACCUUUCUGAAUGGCUACUUCCUUCACUAAGUUACUUGGACAAGUUUAUAGUGCAAGAUGGAGGUGUGUUUUUACACAAUUGACCUCAAGUACAUAGCUUGCAUUCUAUCAUGUUUCUUAAUCUCUUUGAUGAUUUCAGGUAAAUUUUGUUAAAAUUUUAUAGUUUUAUAUAAAUCAUACACUUCGGUACUAUAGAUUUAGAACGUGUUUAUAACUCUGUUUCACUUAGAUUCGGAUGCCAAUAUAGAUAAGUUAUGAGUUAUAACAAGGGAUAUGAUUGUGGGAAUGGGGUUUUUUGUGAUCAUGAAAGAAAGGGUUUGGUAAAAAGUGGCUAAUAUGAAAUAGUGUUGAAAAUAUGUGAUUUUUGUUGUUUGGAAUAGUGAACUUUGUUCAAUUGUUUUUUCUCAAGGGUAACAUUUUACCCAAGCUUGCAUUUUUCUUUUCUUUAUUUAUUUAUUUAUUUAUUUAUUUUUUGGGCGGUUUUGGUCCCCCACAACAAAUAACUCAAAUUGCUCCAUGAACUAAUAUUUUCUUGUUGAUUUAGUUCAAUCAUGCAUGUUUUAUAUACAUAUGGUUAAUUAAUUAAAUUUAUAUGUCGAAAAUUUAUGAUUGGAAUAAACAUAUGAAAAAAAACAAUAGUUUUGGAGAAAAUAUAAAGAGUUUUUAAAAUUUAGGGGUCAAAGUGUCAAAUGCAAUGUCGACAAUGCAAUGGGAUGCUAGAAUUACCAGUUCUCUGGCUGACUCGGUGGCUGAGAAGUCACUAUCGGACAAUCUUUCUUUUCAUUUUCAUGGUUGUAAGAUUGAUAAUCUUGAUUCAGACUUUGUUAAGUUAGCUUCGUAUGAGGCUAGAAGGAGUUUUGCUCUCAUAUAAGCUUCAAUGGGCCUCCUUUUCUGUGCGAAAUGCAGUCUACCAUUACCCAAAAAAAAAAGAAAAAAAAGUGUUAAAUGCAAUAUAGUUAACGAUGAAAUGUAAUUACUCUUUUAUUUCAAUGUAAUAGUUUGUUUAAAUUUGAUUA